CGCUCAACCUGCACAAAGUUGCGGCACCGAGGGUCUUCGGCUUCCCCAUCCGCAGGUUUACUACAGCUUUUGCUCCCUCUGCCCCGCGCUCGUACGCUUUCCAGAAGUAUACGCCUAGCAAAAAGAGAAAGCAGCCCACCAUGACCACGACAGUCACGACCCUCAAGGGCCAGCCCCUCGACAAGGCGGCCCUCGAGUCUCUUCUGCGCCGGCGCAUGUUCUACACCCCUUCUUUCGAAAUUUACGGUGGUGUCUCUGGCCUCUACGACUAUGGUCCGCCGGGCUGCGCGCUGCAGGCCAACGUUAUCGACAUCUGGCGCAAGCAUUUCAUUCUCGAGGAGGACAUGCUCGAGGUCGACUGCACCGCGCUCACCCCCCACGACGUCCUCAAAACCAGCGGCCACGUCGACAAGUUUGCGGACUGGAUGUGCAAGGACCCCAAGAACGGCGAGAUUCUCCGUGCCGAUCACUUUGUGGAGGAUGUCCUCGAAGCGCGGCUCAAGGGCGACAAGGAGGCACGUGGCCAAAAGGUGGAAGAGAAGGAGGAGGACCCCAAGAAGAAGAAGAAGAAGUCCAAGGGUCACGAGGCGGUCAAGCUGGACGACGCGGUGGUCAAGGAAUACGAGGAGGUGCUGGCGCAGAUUGACAACUACAAUGGUGAGCAGCUGGGCGAGCUCAUCAAGAAGUAUGACCUCAGGAAUCCCUCCACUGGCGAGCAACCCAGCCCUCCGGUUGCGUUCAACCUGAUGUUCCAGACGUCAAUUGGCCCCAGCAGCAACACCCCCGGCUAUCUGCGGCCGGAAACCGCUCAGGGCCAGUUUCUGAACUUUGCCAAGCUCCUCGAGUUCAACACCGGCCAGAUGCCCUUCGCCUCCGCCUCCAUCGGCAAGUCCUACCGGAAUGAGAUUUCUCCCAGGGCUGGCCUGCUCCGCGUUCGCGAGUUCCUCAUGGCUGAGAUUGAGCACUUUGUCGACCCCGAGAGCCACAAGAAGCACCAUCGGUUCCACGAGGUUGAAGACAUUGAGCUCGACUUCCUUGACCGCCAAACCCAGCUGUCGGGCAAGACCACGACUACAAGAACGACCAUUGGGGAAGCCGUCAAGAGUGGCAUGGUUGACAACGAGACCCUGGGUUACUUCCUCGCUCGCAUCCAUCUGUUCCUCAAGAAGAUUGGCAUCGACCAGACAAAGAUCCGCUUCAGGCAACACAUGGCCAACGAGAUGGCCCACUACGCCUGCGACUGCUGGGAUGCCGAACUUCUCACCUCGAGUGGUUGGGUGGAGUGCGUUGGCUGUGCCGACCGUAGUGCCUACGACUUGACCGUCCAUGCUAAGAAGACCGGUGCCCCGCUUAUUGUGCGGCAGCGGCUCGACGAGCCCAAGGUCAUUGAGGAAUGGGAGGUUGAGAUUGAAAAGAAGAAGUUUGGCCCCUUCUUCAAGAAGGAUGGCAAGACGAUUGAGGCCGCCAUUCUGGCUACCACGCAGGAGGAGCGCGGCAAGCUCGCCAAGGAGCUGGAAGAGACCGGCAAGGCGACCAUCAAUGUGCCGAGCAUCGGCGAUGGCAAGGUUGAGGUCAGCAAGGACUUGCUGGCCAUCAAGUGGCAGAAGCGGGUCGAGAAUAUCCGGGAGUACACGCCUAACGUCAUCGAGCCGUCGUUCGGCAUCGGCCGGAUAUUGUACGCCCUGAUGGAGCACAACUACUGGACCCGAGCAAGCGAGGGUGGCGAUGAGGCGCGUGGUGUACUUUCUUUCCCUCCCGCCGUCGCGCCGACGAAGGUCUUGAUCGUGCCUCUGUCUUCUCACAAGGAUUUCACGCCUACUGUGCGCAAGCUGUCGCAGAAGCUUAGGUCUGCCGGUAUCUCGAGUCGCGUCGACGACUCGUCAGCCAGCAUCGGCAAGCGGUACAGCAGAAACGACGAGCUGGGCACCCCGUUCGGCAUCACCGUCGAUUUCCAGACCGUCAAGGAUGGCACCGUUACUCUCAGAGAGCGUGACAGCACGCGGCAGGUGCGCGCCGACGAGGGCAAGAUCAUCGACGCCAUCAAGGCUCUGGUCGAGGGUACCAAGACGUGGCAGGACAUCGAGUCCGAGCUGCCCAUCUUCGAGGGCCAACAGGAAGUUGAGGUCACCGUUCGUUGAAGCCAGCAGCGUUAGAGCUGAUUUGAGAGGUGAUGUGGCUUUGUUAGUCAGUGCGAGCGCGCAUUUGCCAAGACUACAUUGUGUAUACCGCAAUAGAGAUCCCUCGAGACGGUGUGUGGACGACGA